AUGUCCAUCACACGGCGACCUCCUCCGGCCUAUGAGUCGUCACUGGCUGGUAUUCAAGCAACAGAUGCGAUCUAUCAUAGGAUAUCCGAAACUGCCUCCGACGUCACCGCACGAGUCCUGAAGGAGUCUUUCAAGAUUCGCCCAUGCUCCGCCCAGGCGUGGAUUGUACCAGCUGGCGCUAUCUGUCGACUCACCACCCCAGAGGGGCCACAAGUGGGUGACUUGAACAUUUGGAACGCCCAAAAUCCCCGCGAACGACUGUGGGCUGCACGUACCCGUCAAAUCCAUGCGUCUCAUGUAUCCAUUGGGGACCGGCUGUGGUCUAAUCUGCCCUAUCUACGACCUCUUGUGAGCAUUACGGGCGACUCGCUGAGCGGCGGUCAGUUGCAUGAUGUGCUCGGUCCUGAUGGGAAGCGUAAACCCGAAAAGGCUUUUCCAAGCACGCAAUUUGGUGGGCGGGUACAUGAUCUGCUUGGAACUCGCUGUGAUCCCUACGUCAACUUGCUGAUGGGAGGCGAGACCUUUGAUUUUCACUGCCAUUCCAACCUAACCCGGUCCGUAGUCCCUUACGGUCUAACAGAGCUCGACGUCCACGACGUGCUUAAUGUCUUUCAAGUCACUGGGCUUGAUGACCAGGGUCGAUACUUCAUGGAGACGUCUCCUGCUCAGCCCGGAGAAUAUUUCGAAUUCUUUGCCGAGGUGGACGUGCUGUGUGCGCUAUCUGCAUGCCCUGGUGGUGACCUUUCCCACUGGGGAUGGGGCGAUAAAGAGGGGAACAUGUCAUCUACAUGUCGCCCAUUAGGUGUUGAGGUAUAUCAAAUAGCGGAUGAAAGGGUGUUGGAAGGUUGGAGACCGCCCCAGAGCCCAGCAUACAAAGGCAUGCACGGGAUGAACAUGCCUCCCCGUCAGCAAGAUGAGUACACUGGCGUGUAA